AUUAUUGGGACGAGUCACAAAGGGCACGGCCGGAUCCCAUUGAUUGGUUCCGUUGUUUUAGAGGAGUAUAGCGGGAGAAGAAGACGGUGCAUGCACUCAUUUUUCUCCUACUAUACUCCUGCCAGGUCACAAUGGCAGUGUGAACGUAGCCUUAUUUGCUGUGUUCAUAAGGUCAAAAUGGCCUGUGUCCUUAAAGGAUUAAAAUGUCCGUGUUAUUUCAAAAAGAAUUUAACGUGACAAAACUUUUGAUUGGUGGUAGUCUCAGUACUAACUACCCCACUGAUCAGGAGAUCCAUUCUGUCAUUCCUUUUAGUAUGACCCCAUCCUAGGCACAACCCUCUUGGUAGGUCCUCUCUUCAGUCUCUUCACUAGUGAGGUCUAGAAUGCAGUUGCUUCGGGCAGAUCUUAUCACCAGCUUCUCCAUUCUCCUCAACUCACUUUUGUAGGAUGAAGGCGCUGCAGGGAGCCAUUUAUCAGGAGCACCUCCACUCUAGACACAACCAGCUAUCUCAGCCCCCUCUCGUUGUCUCCUUGUUUUCUCUAGAUCACGUGUCAAUUAUAUGUCUUCACCACCAUGUCCACAUCCGAACUGGGGGGGCGAGGAUGUCUACAGACUUCCCUAAGUCUUUCCCAACUCACAGCGCCGUGCACACGGCCACAACCAAUAUGUCGGCCCCAUGCACAACGUACGCACGCACGCUGUAAGGGCAGUUCUAAAGAGGACCCCCAGAACGCCUGGUCCUCCGUCUCCCUGGAGACAAGGCUGUCCGUGGCGCCUCUCUCUAUAAAUGCCUUUGACUACAACUGCCAUGUGGACCUCAUAAAACUCUUGAGGCAGGAGGGGGAGCUGGACAGAUUAAGACGUGCCCGCCAGAAGAUGAGUGAACUUUUCCCUCUAACUGAAGAGAUAUGGUUGGACUGGUUGAAGGAUGAGAUGAAAAUUGCCGAAGAUGAUUCAAGCCGUGAGGCGGUUUAUGAGCUGUUUGAGAAAGCUGUUAAAGAUUAUAUCUGUCCAGAAAUUUGGUUAGAGUAUGCCCAGUAUUCAAUUGGAGGUAUGGGCGAAGAGGGUGGCAUUGCCAAGGUUCGCACUAUCUUUGACCGAGCGUUAACAGCUGUUGGACUUCAUAUGACCAAAGGAUCAACCAUAUGGGAUGCUUACAGGGAAUUUGAGAAUGCAAUAUUAGGAACCAUUCAGCCUUUGCCCGGUACUAUUCCUUCAGCAGAACAACAGCAAAUGCUAAAUACCCAACUUGAGAGGAUUCACACACUUUUCAGACGACAGCUAGGUGUACCUCUUCUAGAUAUGGCAUCAACCUAUGCAGAGUAUGAAGAAUGGUCAGAAGAACCCAUUCCAGAGACUGUCAAUCAGAACUAUAUGAAGGCAAUAAAACAAGUGGACAAGUACAAGCCUUAUGAAGAAGCACUGCUGACUGCUGAAAUGCCGAAGAUGGCGGAAUACCAAGCUUAUAUUGACUUUGAAUUGAAAGAAGGAGACCCUGCUCGUAUCCAGAUUAUUUUUGAGCGUGCCUUAGCUGACAACUGCUUGGUGCCAGAUCUUUGGGCUAGAUAUACACAGUAUCUUGACAGACAGUUAAAAAUGAAGGAACUUGUCCUUGGCGCACAUGAUCGAGCUGUCAGGAAUUGCCCAUGGACAGUAGGCUUGUGGAAAAGUUAUAUCCUUGCCUUAGAGCGCCAUUGUGUUGAUCACAGCACCAUAACUGAAACUUUUGAAAAGGCCCUGAAUGCAGGAUUCAUUCAAGCCACAGACUAUGUAGAAAUUUGGCAGUCAUAUUUGGACUAUCUUAGACGAAGAGUGGACUUCACAAAAGAUUCCAGUAAAGAACAUGAAGAGCUAAGAGCUGCGUUUGUCCGUGCACUAGACUACCUUAAGCAGGAAGUGGAAGAAAGGUUUAGUGAAAGUGGCGAUCCUACUUGUAGUAUAAUGCAGAACUGGGCAAGAAUAGAGGCUCGAAACUGCAACAACAUGCAGAAGGCUAGAGAGCUCUGGGAUAGCAUCAUGACCAAAGGCAAUUCCAAGUUUGCCAAUAUGUGGCUGGAGUACUACAACCUAGAAAGAGCCCAUGGUGAUACUCAGCACUGUAGGAAGGCUUUACAUCGUGCUGUACAGUGCACUGUGGAUUAUCCAGAGCAUGUGUGCGAUGUAUUACUUGCCCUGGAGAGGACAGAAGGGAGCUUGGAGGACUGGGAUGCAGCUGUUAUAAAAACUGAAACAAAACUAUCAAGAGUAAACGAACAGCGUGCAAAGGCUGCCGUGAAGCAAGCAAUCCUUGAUAGGCAGGAAGAGGAAAAGGCUGAGCAGAGAAAAAAAACUCGAGCUGAGAAGAAAGCGAAGAAACCUAAAAAAGCCAAACCUGGGGAUAAACGCAAAGCAGAAGAUGAGGAAGAAGAUGAGGAAGAGUGGGGUGAGGAAGCAGCAGAACAACCCAGUAAGAAGCACAGACGAGAGGAGCAGUCUGAAGACAAUGAGGCAGAGGAGAUGGAGACUGAAACAGGGCUUUUUGGUAGGAGCACCUCCUUCACAAGCCAGGCUCGAUCCAAACAGAAACCGCCUGCCACAAAGGAACAGCCCAGGAUCCUUCAUAAUCCUAAUAAGGAAAACAUAACUGUUUUUGUGAGCAACUUGCCCUACAACUUGCCUGAUCCAGAGAAACAACUUAAAAAGGUUUUCUCUAGCUGCGGGGAGAUAUCCCAAGUCAGGGUUGUCUACACUAACAAAGGGACCUUCCGUGGAUACUGCUAUGUCGAAUUUACAGAGGAGAAAGGUGCUCUUGAUGCACUAAAAAUGGACCGGCAAGAGAUGAAAGGGAGACCCAUGUUUGUUUCUCCUUGUGUGGACAAGAACAGGAACCCGGAAUUUAAGGUAUUCAAGUACAGCACAGCUCUGGAGAAACAUAAGCUGUUUGUUUCUGGGUUACCAUUUUCCUGCACCAAAGAGGAGCUAGAAGAAAUGUUUAAAGAGCAUGGUACCAUUAAGCAGAUCCGUCUGGUAACCAAUCGGUCUGGAAAACCAAAGGGACUUGCAUAUGUUGAAUAUGAAAAUGAGGCCCAGGCUUCACAAGCUGUACUCAAACUGGAUGGCACACAAAUAAAGGACAAUACUAUUAAGGUGGCGAUUAGUAAUCCUCCUGCAAGAAAGCAGCAAGAGAGUCAAGAAGCUGCUCGGUCUGCAAUGAUUCCUCGACAAACCUAUGGAGCGAGAGGUAAAGGAAGAACCCAAGUGGCUCUCUUGCCCAGAUCUCUGCACCGUCAAAAUACACCAAGCACCACAAAAACAGAAAAUGGUACCCCCCAGACAACAGAGGCUUCAUCAGGCGCUGAAGGGGAGCCCCGGAAGAUGUCUAAUGCUGACUUUGCUAGGAUGUUGCUUCAAAAGUGAUUAAACCAAGACCUGUGCAAUGGGAAAAUGUGAAAAAAAUGACUGCCCUUUGUGACCUUAUCCAUCGAUACAGCUGCUUAUGGCUUCACUAAACGCUCAGACUGCAGAUUCUGCCCAGUUGGGCUUUACAUACAGUUUCUUUUACAGGUUGUUUGUUUUUCUAGUUCCUAUACUUAUUACCUUUUUAUGUUUUAAUAGUGCAGACUUUAGGCUUCCUUAUUUCCCUCAUAUUGAGGCAGGCAAGGCAAAAGUAGGGGUAGCUAAUAAUGGUCUGUUGAGGUAUGUUUUUACAACUGUUGUAGCAGGAUGUCUAUUGAUGACACUCAAUGGCAUAAGUCCUAGUGAAACGCCCAGAUCUGGGUAUUUUAUAUGUAUUACCCAUUUCAUGCUAUUUUUUUUUUUCCCCUGUGAAAAUUACAGUUCAUUUAUGUUGGUUAAAACUGGAUUCAAAUGUGUGCUGAACUCAAGCUGAUCUAACCAAUGUGCACUUGGCAAUGCUUGUGCAAUCUUAUGUUAGGGAACACUACAGCUUUUGUGACCUAUGUACUCACUGCCUGAGCUAUAUGGUGCAUUACUGGAUAAUGGGAUACACUAAAUGGCGUAUGUAUCACUUUGCAGUAUUGUAACAAUAUGCAUGUAGAACUUUGUUAGCUCGUUCAUUUCCUUUGUAGAUUUGACUGCAGUAUUCAGACUAAAACAAAGCCUUUCUAUAAGAGUACAUUAAUGUAUUCUAAAGGUUUUUCUUAUUUUCUUCUGUUGGCUGCGUAAAUGUACACAUUGUGAUAGUUUAAAAAUUAAUAUUGGAGGGGGUCUGGCUACUGAUCCCCCUCCAAAAAUGAAAAUAUUUAAAUGUGCUGCAAAAGGGGCUUUACUCAGUAGAGACAUGUCUCUGCACCUUACUUGGAGCUACAGUACCUUCAUUCUUGUCAUCAGUGGGGGUCUCAGCUCUUAGACUCCCACUGUUACAAAGCUGCACAUUGCCUCAUUCCUCCACACAGUUCACCAUCUUUUUAGGUGGGUGUGACACAGUUUCAUACCUAUUAGGAUGGUGACAAUGUAGACAUCCCUAAGGCAGCUAUAAGUAGCAUGUGAGGACAAUCACCCGACAUGUUGGUUAGUCUAUACAUUGUUUUUCAGUACCAGUGGGUUUUCUUUCUCUCCCCAAAAUCGUGGCAAAAUUACAAUAAGCUGUCACAUGUAAACUCAGUGUGUCCACUUCUCCGCUCUUGGCACUUCCACUAUUUCUUAGUUUAGAUGCUCGUGUUGCACAAACAUAAGACAGCUCAGCCAGCUUAAUGGAUCCAGAGUGGUAAGUGUCAUCUGAAUACAGACAUUAAUAUAUAUUUUUUAAUGUUAUCUAUGUUGUUCGCAUACACACACUGCAGGAGAGCCUGCAAUAAUCUACCUAACUCAACUGAGUUUCAUGAUCUCUAUUACAGAAUAGUUGGUUGUUGUGAAGCUUUUGUGUGUGGUCACACCUCUGCUGUGUAGAUACGUUGUACCUAAGGAAUAGGUAAAAAGAUGACCUGAUUAAACAAUGUAAUUGAUUCUUUAAAGAGGAUCUGCUAUUUGUAGUGGCAUCUCAAAGAUGCCCUAGUAUAAGGAGGUCUGUGUGAUGACCGAUUCUCUAGAAAGGCAUGUUCAAAGGCCUUUAUUGGAUAGUCAUAAGAAUAGUCAAUUCACAAAGCUGUGUCCAUUGUUUCCAUACGGCAUAGUUUCUAGUUUAUUUCAUAGUGGCUUUUGGGUUAUGCUGUUGCUUCAAGUUGUUUUAGAAUUCCACUCCACUGAUACUUAACCUAUUUCUAAGAAAUCUGGCUGCUGGUCCCAGUGGCUGCUAUUUGAUCUUCUAUAGGGUUAGAAAAUCUGGCAUGUUACGCAGUUACACAUUCCCACUCUCUUAUCACUGUAUUGCUAGGCAUAAUUGUAUUAAAGGACAUCUACAGUGCAAAAUAACUUAUCCCCUAUCCGAAGGAUAGGGGACAAGUUAUAGAUCGCGGGGGGUCCGAGCGCUUGGAUAGGGGAUAAGUUAUUUUGCACUGGAGUACUCCUUUAAAGAGCUUAAGUCAGUACAGCCCCUGAGGAAAUAGUUGUAUUGGCAGCCAGUUGUACUGGUUGUCGUCUAACUUUCUUUGAAGCAGAUAUACCUGAGAAAUGGAACAAAAUACAAGUUAAAGAGAAUCGGUCAGCUGCAAUUCCUGUAACAAACUGCUGACACUGUUAGAUUGCUUUCAGGGCAAGUAGACGCAUCGUACCUUUCAUAUAUCUGUCUGUGCUUCCAUAACGUAAAAAAAAGUUUUUAUUCCCUAGUGCAGUGGUCCGCAGGUUGUAGACCACUGCCCUAGUGCAAGGUUUUCUAAGUGCAGUCCUCAACUUUCCCCAACAGGUCAUGUUUUCAGAAUUUCAUUAGUCUGGUUAGGUACAAGAUUUCUGCUAGGUUUUCACACAGGUUUUUUUUCUGGUAUUUUUUAUUUUAUUUGGGAAAACUUCCACCACUGUUUUUGAGCCAAAGUCAAAAGUGGAUCCCACGUGAAGUAGUAUAAAUCCUUCCUUUUAUAGUUCUUUUGAAUAUACUUCUUGCUUUGGCUCAAGGACUGAAAAGACCUGUGUGGAAACCUAGCCUUAAAGGAUGUCUUAACUAUAACCCUAACAGCCAAUCAAGCAAGAACAAGAAAUAACCAUUUUCUGUGUUGUGGAAGCACAGGCAGGUAUAUGAAUGGCGGCACCAGUUGUCUCCUUGCCCUUACAGCUAUCUAACAGUGCCAGCAGUGUGGAAUGUGAGUUACAGAUGAGCUGAUAGAUUAGAUUCCCUAUCUUUUAGGUGAACUUUAAGCAGCUGGGCACUAGAGAUGGCCAGCGAAAACAUGUAGACAAGCUUCUUAGCUUUUUUAUUUUUUUGUUAUGUUAGUCACUUUUUUGAUUUAUAUGAAUAGGCUCUGUGAAUUCUGGGUGUUCUGCCUAGUAAUAAAACCUUUUCUGCAUGAUGCAGUCUGCAGCAAUGUCCUUCCAGGCAUAGAAGGCGACUUUACACAUUUCACUUCAUCAUUCACCUAAUCCUCUGUCCCAUUAAUGUCUCAAUACUUUUCUUUUUAUCUGUGAUGUCAACAGGAGGAGGUUUGAAAAUAUAUCAAUUUUUUUUUUCUUUCAGGAAUUUGUGGCAUGGUUUACCUCCUUGUACUAAUUUUAUUACAAUUGUAAUGACACAGAUAGUGGCCUCUCAACUCUGGACCUCCAGCUGUUUCAAAAUAACUUCCAGCAUGCCUGGAGGUCCAGAGUUUGGAGACCACUGACAGACAGAACCAAAAAUGUAUUUUUAAGUAUAGAUUUUGUUCUUUCAGGUUUUCUUUUGUCAGAUUCAAGAAAAUGCAAAAGCUUUGUAAAAUACAAUUGCAAUGGUCUAUUUAAAAAAAAGAAAGAAAAAAAAUAAUUAUUUUUUUAGUGCUCAGAGCCAGCAUUGAGGUGUUGCUAUUGGCAGAGUACUAGGUGGUAGCUGCAUUUUAUUGCAGACAUGCAUUUUUGUUUGGUUAUUUGUACGCCAUGCAGAUCUUGUGGAGUUUUGCUAUGUCCAUUUCUGGUUUAUUAAACUACAGUUACCUAAAAUGUCUUUAUGAAGCAA